AGAAGACUGAAAAGAUUUGAUAUGGUGGAAAGAAACUUACCGCACGAGAUGAAGAAAAUACAAAUAAUAUAAAGUAUUAUCUCACCGCCGAUGAGUUAUAUGACAUGGGACAUGGUGGUCCUGACAGAAUAUUGGCUGCAUCCACCAACGAAAGUUGGAGAUAACAUCAUCAUACCUACUCCUGAUCUAGAUAGGGCUAAAGGAGAUCUUCGGAACGUUAUUGGAGUUGUGCUUGAAGCAUCUGAUAACGGAUUUUAUAAGAUUGGCACCAAGCAUGUUAUCUUACAAAAAUUGUAUUGCAGAAAUGAAUUCGAUAUCUGCGCACAAAAGUUUUUGUUGGAAGAACAUACUUGCACUUUCGUUAAAAACAUCAGCGAUCAAACAUUCAGUUGGAACAGGCCAAGGUUUCUUUAAGUGUAGUUGCACCAUGAAGUGUACGUCAAAUCGAUGCCUUUGCAAGAAAAAUAACGUUCUCCGCAACUCGAAAUGCCACAAUAGUUUGACAUGUAAUAACAAGUAAAUAAUAAAAGUUAUUAAACAUGUUUAUAAUAAUAGUAUUUUCUUCACUUAGUAGUAAAAACAUUACUUUUGUGAAGAGACUGUAUGUAGACU